UCCUUUGUUAAAAAAAGGACAGCACAGACCAGAGAUGGAAAAAGAAUGCUAAAACAGAUGAAAAGAGAGCUGCUACAUUUGGAGAACUGGGGGGUGCAUUCCUGAUGGAUGGCGUGUUUCAGUAAUUUGAACACAUAUCCUCUCACGCAUUUCUGUGUAGACAGCAGCUGCAGAGGGUAGCAUCUUAUCUAAGAAACACCACUGCCGGAAGUUGCUAGAAACACGGGAGCCAUCAUUGGGGGACUUAUUGCUGGCAUUGUCGUAAUUGCUGUCAUCGUCACUCUGAUUAUGAUCUGCAGACAACAGAGGAAGAAUCGAAUGGCAGAUGAUGAUGACUUUGAAAGUCCACCUGCCUACAAGCCUCCUCCACCACAAAAGAAGGCUGAAACAGUGGAGCCGGUUACAAAGCUUGACCAGAGAGAUGAAGCUGAAAGCAUACCUCUGAAAUCUGUCCCAACAUAUUUUGAAACCAGUUCUUCUGAAGCAGGAGGAAAAAUGAAUUAUGACGAAGGUGGUCAGAAUGAGUAUUACAGCAACUCACAUGAUGUACAAGAUGACUACGUGGAACAGAUUAACCCCAUUUACAAUGACCUCACCUAUCCAGUUUCUACCUCAUGUGACGAUGGCCAGAGUAGAGGCUAUGUAAUGUCCAGAGCAAUGUACGUUUAAAUCUCAUCUCAUACUUGGCACACAGCUAUAUUUCAUCACUGCCCACAGUGUUUAAAUGGGCACCAACUACCAACACAGGGACUAACAAUACUGUUACCAAACUCACCCGUUCACUGUUUGGUACUGUUUAUACUGCUCAGAAUUUGCCCUUUGCUGAUGGUGUUAUUUUAUGUGGAAACAAAUUCCAUUCCUUAAUGUUCUUUUACAGCAAGCGCACAGGUCAGGUUAUCAUGGCUGAUGUAGCUAGCCAACAUUUAGGCACAAGGAAGCAAAAAGCUAAGUCCUGAGUUACGGUUCGAAGAACGAGGAUAUGGAGGUCCAUUCAUGUUUGCUGUAAAUACUCUUAAGGGUUCCUGAAGUGUUUGUUCUUUAAUCUGUUACAAAAGUGGUGUGUUUGCAUUCUUUUUAAGUAUAUUUCAUACAGCCCUAUGCAAGCAUUGUGUUAGUGCUGUUAUCCGCCAAAAGACAUAGUAUGUUAUGUUAUAAUGUUUAGAUAUGUGCAAUUAUGAGGGAUGUUUGUACCCUCUGUGUCAUUCUACAUGAGCUGUUUGAUCCUGAGAAAAGGCCAUUAGGGUACUGUUGAUACUGUGUUGGGAAAUUAAAACUAAAGUAUUAAACUUCCGAAAGAGCUGCAUGUAAUGUGCCAGUAACUGUGUAUCAGUUUUCAUCUGUUAACAUUACCAAAGUGGACCAGAUUGGGGCUACAGAUCUUUGUUGUUGUAAAUUGCCCCUUGAACUUGAUCUGAGAAACAUUACAACAUAGUUUACCAUGCAAGCUGGAAGUAAAUCUGAGAGCACAUGGCCAGUUGUUAAAACAAAACUGGGCAUUGCUGCUUAGUCCCCAGUAACGCCUUCCAGUCCAGUUUGGAAAGUUCUUGUCUGGUAAUGUUAAGCACAGUUAUGUUUAAUGAUUAUCUUUUUUAACAAUUUAUUCAGGUAUAAGUGUUGGUAGUGGGUUGAAUAUGCUGUCCCUGAAGCACCUCAUUCUGUGUAAUGGAUUCUUGUUAUUGUUAUUUUCCCAUUGUAGAUUGGGAAUUCUUUAUCUAGCGUGUUGUUUGAUGUCUUAACUGUGAAUAACUUUAAGAAGUUUAAAACCAAGGCAUCUGCUACUGCUGCUGCUGAUCUCUACUCCAAUGCACUACAUUUGCACAGAUUACACUAUUUUUACAUACGAGUCAUAAAAGCAUGUAUUGUGACAGCAGCUUAGAUCUUCUGGCCUGCUGAUUUUGUUUGUCAUGUGGGACCAAGAGGACUUCUUUGUACAGAAGAUGUAUAUGUAACUACACUGGAUUUCUGUAGAUCUCACUAUGAGUAAUCUAAACUUAAAAAUGUGAACAUGUUCAGCUUUUCUAUUGUUUGUAUGCAAAUGUUUGUAAUACUUUUGUAUACUGCACUGUAAAUGAUCAUAGUAUGUUACUGUAUUUUCUGUUAUGAAACAUUAUUUUAAAAUUUGGGAUAGAACAGUUGUGUACUGUGACAUGCCUCAAAAUAAGACUCCUAUUUUUGCACAAAUCCGUAAAACAUUUGGAAUAUUUUUCAGUAAUCUAGUUUUCUUAAGUUUUACCCUAGAGAUUCCUUAACUGAAAACUGUGAUCUUGUAGUAUUCUGUUGCAUUUCUGUUUCACAAAGUCCUUUUCCAUUAGCAUAGUACAUUGUAGUCAUGGAUAUUCUACUAUGUAAUGGUUUGCCCAUAUCCAUUUCUUCAUAAAUUUGCUGACAGCUUGUAGAUACCUAAAUCUGCCUCAAAGAAGCAAGCAUGAUGUGAGGCUCAGGAUAACCUUUAUUAACAUCAUUUUAUUUAUUUUAAAAAAAUUAACAAGGGUGAGCAACAUGGAGAUGGGGCGGGUAGGCACAGAAGGUCUCAUGGCAUGGCCGAAUGGGAAUUACUCAUGGAAAAGUAGAUGCUUGAUUCCAGCCCAUUAAAAGGAUAUUACCAGUUUUCUGGCAUAGUCACGGGUUGACAGUUCAGCAUCACAAAAUGCAUUCUUCCCAAAAGAAGGUAAUGUUUAAGGAAUAAAGAUCAAACUUAAGCCUUUCUUUAUUUAGCACAGCCCUGACAAAUCUUCACUUGUGAUGGAGGCUGUACUUCAUCGCUUUACAAAGAUCACUAGCUUAGAAAGAAACAUAACAGUUUUGUGAUGCUCUUGAAUUGAGCAGAUUGUUUUGAUAAACUAGCCCUUUCCCUGCAUUCCAUGUUUUUGUAUUCCUCCAAGAAUGUUUCUGUGAAUUGCAUUCAGAAAACUGGCUUGCUGUCGUCCUUAACACUGUGUAAGGAAAGUCAGUACUUUUAAAAAUGUUUCAUAAUUAGGUGUAUAUUUUAUUUAACUUCUACCGUACUUAAAAAAAAUCCUUAUUCAUAUUAUGAAAACACAAAUCUUUACAGAUUCUUUCCAAACAUUAGUGCAUCCUAUGUUAUUGACUGUUUUCUUAUGUCCAUUACUGUUUGAAAGGUGUCAUUCCUUAUUUUUAUUAAUUGUUGUAAAAUGUCUGUCUCUGUCCUGAUUUGUAGCAGUGUUAAUUUUGCAUGUAUGAGGUACAUUUUCAGAAUAUUCAGUAGAAGGAUCUGAUUACUUGUUUUGAACGGUGAAAGGCUGAACACCCUAAAUAAUUCACUCCAGAAGAGUCUGAGUAUAGGUCAUUCUUUAGUAAUAUGCAUCAUUCACUGAUUUAUUUUUUUCUGCUAAAUUUCUCUGACAAAUAAUUGCCUAUAGACUGUCCAUGUGAACAAGUUCCCAUGUGGUGGUAAUGUGUAUAAAGCUUGUAAUAAGAUCAAGGAUUAAGGGAAUUGUUUUCCUAAAAUAUACAACAACCUGUAUCAUGUCAGUGUUUGGAGAUCACUGCCAGUGUGUUGAAUGACCUGAAGAAUCUUAAGGAACUCUCAGGGACUUUUAAUAUGUUGUGCCAAAUCUUCAAAGCUGGGGGAGUCUUCUAAAAUGCCUCUAAUAGAAACAGGUAAUGUGCAAAUUAAACCCUGUAACUUGACUGUACAGGAUAAUUCUCUGUAUUUUUUUGAAGCAUGAAAAAUCUUAAGAAAGCAAGCCUACAGAAUUUGUUGUCAUUUUCAUUUUGUUGUGUCUUUUCCUCACAACUAGGGAAACAUACGCAGAAUGUCUCUUGCAAUGACCAGGAAGCAUGUACAACUGAAAUAAAAGGGUUGUUUGUAUAUA